AUGGGGCCAGACGGUUCACUUUGCCUCCGCAACGUCAACGUGAUAGUACCAGAAGCCGUAGAACGAGGCUCGAGGGUGGAGAUGAAGUGUCUCUAUGACCUUGAACAAGAGGUUCUUUACUCCGUGAAGUGGUAUCGCGGUGAUCGUGAAUUCUGUCGGUACUCGCCAAGAGAUGUACCUCCGUUAAAAAUAUUCCGAAUACCUGGGAUAGAAGUUGACGUAAGUUGA